UUGCAUUUGGGGCAGUGAGACUUUUUCUACAAUUUAUUGUGCGUAGAGAUGCGAACGAGUCUGACCAAUAUUUUCUUCGCUGUUAAUAUUGACAACUGUUGAAGACUGGGUCUUUAUGCCCACUCAAGUAGAAUAUCUAAAUACAUUAGGAAAUUAACUCUUUAUUGAUAAAAAGUUCACGCGGGGUUAGAAGACUCGGAAUAUUAUUCAAGUGCAAAGAAUUAAAAUUGGGAGUUUAAAUUUUUCUACAUGCGAUUUUAAACGCCUUGGUGAAUAAACAUUCAGUGGCCAACAGUUGGACAUUGGUCAAUACUAAUUCGAUCGGAUCAUAAAAGUACACCAAGAGCAACAGCCAUAAUGGAAUUGCUACAUACACUCCAAGAAGAAAUCUUGACGUUAAAUUGUUUAAAUCUGGAAUAGUUCCGAAAGGGAAUUGUAAUCAUUCCAAUCUAUAAUAGUUCCGAAAGGGAAUUGUACAAAACAGGACGUCUUUGAUUUGAUUUGAUAAAUAUAAUGUAGAAUCAUCGGUGAAUAUCUGAUUUAUUCCACAGACAAUUAAAAAUAUUGGUUACGAGGGCAGCCAUGUGAAAAAUAUACCAUUGAUUACAAAUAGUGGUGUUGAAAUUUUCCAAGUGAAUGAAAGUCCGUGUAACAUGGGGAAGCAGAGCAGUAAACUAGGACCUAGGGAGCUCAGUGACCUUAAUCUACAGACCAACUUCACCGAAGAGGAACUUCAGCAAUGGUACAAAGGAUUCAUAAAAGAGUGCCCAAAGGGCAGUCUCACUAUGGAGGAGUUCAAGAAAGUUUACGCCAAUUUUUUUCCACGUGGAGACGCCACAUCAUUUGCUGAAUAUGUGUUCAAGGCUUUCGAUGAGAAUAAAGAUGGUUCGUUAGACUUUAGAGAAUUUAUGUGUGCUCUCAGCGUCUCUUCAAGGGGAACUUUAGAUGAAAAAAUACAAUUCGCCUUCAGAAUCUAUGAUUUAGAUGGAGAUGGUUAUAUUACGAAGCCUGAGAUGUUAGAAAUCAUUAAGGCAAUCCAUAAAAUGGUUGCAUCUACAAUGAAGUCUGAGCAUAAGAAAUCUACCCCAGAGGAAAGGACUGAACUCAUUUUCAAACGCAUGGACAAAAACGCAGACGACAAACUGUCGCUGGCAGAAUUUAGGGAUGGGGUGAAGGCGGAUCAAUCCAUUGUUAAUUUUCUGCAAGGACUGACAUAAAAUCAAACCACCCAUUUGUAAGAAUGGUACCGGAUAGUGAUGUCUGUUACUGUAAGCAGUCUCUGUAUUAGGAGAUAAAACAUUUGUCUAUAAAUAAGUAAGUGUGGUAUUGCAACACUUUCUAUCGAAUCUUGAUUCAAAACACUCUACCGACUCACAUCGAAGUUCAUAUUGAAAAAUCAAACCUCGUACAUGUAUAAGGAGUCAUCACAAUAACAAAAGAAAUAAAUUUCAAAGGAUUUGUGUAUAAACGGAAAUUUGGUUUUAAGCUUUAGAUCCGUUAAGCAGGAAUUCCAGCUUCUGAUCAACAUAUUGCUAAACCUUCGCUGCACAUGUAUGCUUAAUUGGACUUACAGUAAGUUUAAAUAAAUUAAAGUAAAUUUUAGCUGAAGAUAUUUAUCAUCCUACUAAUUCGCUAAGAGAGUUUUCCCAUACUGCUUGAACUUUUUUACAUUUAAUCACAACCAUUAACAUAAACAUUUAGAAAUUUCUUACAAAAACUUUCUGUACAAGUCACCGAACAAUCAACGCAUGUCUAUGCGAGUCUCGACUUUUUUGUACGGAAGAUAUAUUCGUUUAUGACGAUAGGGAAAGUAACAACAUGUUACUCCUAAAUCGUAGAACGUAACUUGUCAACAGAAAACUCACCCGGCCUUGUCUGGUCAACUUGUUGUGCAAAAACGAUACAUUUGUACGUAAAUGAUCAAUAUAGCUUAUCAACUGUAAGAGAGGAUUUUGAUUUUUACCUG